CUUAUCAGAAAAGUUAGGGACAUCUAGCCUCGCUCUCGCUACUUUGCCCCUCUAUCUGCUGUCCUCUUUUCAUUCCUCUUUUUCUAUUUCUGUCCCUCGCUGAGUCAGAUGGACAACUCUCAACUUCAGAUGACACAAACAGGCAGAGCAACUCCCAAAUCAGAGUGACACACACACACAAAAACCCAACAUUGGGGACUAAAAAGAGAAAAUCUGGAGGAAACUACCAAGAUGGACGAAUGUGAGAGUCUGGACCUCGAGGUGACAGAGCUUCACGAGUUUCAGGGUGAAGCCUCGGACACCAUCAGCCAAGAUGAUGAAGACGAAAUGGAGGAGCUACAAAACAGUCUGCGAGAAGCUGUCCAGGACCAGUCAGUGAAGCCCAAACUGCAGUGCCUCAUGGUGGACCCAUCCUUCUCCAUGGUGACGGUCCAGAGCGAGGACAGUGGUAUCGUUUGGGAGACGGCCUCCAGCCGCUGCUCCACUCCCUGGGCCUCGGAGGCCAGCUACUCCUCUGAAGCUUGCAGCAUGGAGGGCUCUGGAAGUGCAGGGAAGAUCACCAUCGUCUUUGACGAGGAGAAGGUAGUGCGCAGGAGGACGAGGUCAGGGGGAAGAAGCAGCAGCAGGUUGGCGGAGCGGUUAAGCCGACCUGGAAGUUCAAGAUCGGCUUCGGCUUUGGGAGCGGAGAGACCUGAGAUGGCAGAGGUUUCCCUUCCUAAUGUCAAACAGGAGAAAGCAAAACCAGAGGUGGAGUUGGAGGACAUAAAAACCAAGGAUCAGCAACUGUUCAGCUUGAUUUCAGAAGGUUAUGAGAUCCUCAACAUCCGAGUCCCCUCCAAACUUCCCACUGUUGAUGAGGAGGAGAGUACGGAGCUGCAGGACAACCUGUCCUAUCUGGACCAGACUCCAAAGAUCAAGUCACGGAACCACCAUACCUGGGCUCAACAACAGGAUCAUGAUGUGCAUGAGGAGGAAACACCUGAUCACACAGAGCCCUCAAAACCAGAUUCUUCACAUCCAUCAGCACACACAGAGCUCGGACACACACCCACUCCCAAAGAGGGGACUGGUGACAUUGACUACUUUGAGAAGUUCACCCUUUUGGACGAGUCAGUUCCUGCAGGACAAGAAACAGAGCUGCCAGAGGAGGCUGCACCGCCAGCAGCAAAACCCCAAACAGAGGAGCAAAAACCUGUGAAGGAGGUAGCUACAGAGAGCUCCUCUGUGUCUGAAGACUCCUUUGUGUUUGUGACAGAUGUGGAGAUAGUCGGGGAACACCUAGAUGAGGUCUUCUAUGGGGAAGGACCUCCUGCUGGUGCACUGCAGCAGAGGGCAGAGGAGGAGGAGAGCGGAGCCAGGAUGAGGCACGAGAGCCAGAGAUCGAUGAAAGGCACUGGGUCAGUGUUGUUUGAGAGUGAGGAGACCACUCUCACUCCUAUUUACAUCUCUCCUGGACCCCCUAAGAUCAUUGAUCCCAUUCUGCUGGAAGAGCCCACGGCCAUGUCCUUCAUGUACUCUGACCUGUACGAGGAUGCCAUGGGCGAUAGGAGGAAGAGCGAUGGGGAAUGCUCUGAGGCAGAAAGCGUGGCGUCUGGGAAGUUGUACAAAAGGCGUGCGUCAGACUCAGAGGAGGAAGACGGAUACCUGGAGAAGUUUACUUUAAAAGAUGAAACGCCAACAGUGGAUGUCCAGUCAGACCUGGUGGAAGAUAAAAAGGAAGGGCGGACGGUGUGGCCAGAGAGUAAGUUUGAAAUGAGUGGAUGUCUAAUAAGAGUUGCAGAAGAGAUAAAAGAUGAGGAGAAAACAACGACAGAGCAAGCACAGAUGCAGGAGAAGACUAAUGAGGAUUUACACUCUGAAAUGAUGAAAGAAGUAAAGGAAACUGUCACGGAAACAGAAGAAAACAGGGAGGAAGUACAACUUUCCACAGUGGCUGAUGAUCAGACUGCAAGGGAAGCCUCGGGAGAGUCUACGGGGGAGCCUGAACUGAUGGAGAAACAGAUGGAGCAUCAACCAGUACAACACGAGGUGAAAACAGACCAGACCGAGCUUCCUGUUCAAAGCACAGAAACGCUGCCCAUAACCCACCAGCUGGACGUUAAAGUAGAAGGGACUCGGGAGAUAGACGACAAGACAAGACAGGAUGAAAAAAUUAGAGUAGAGCAAACCAUCACUAACACAGAGCAGUUAGAUGAAGCAGAACAAGCGGCUGAAGAAAUAUCUGAAGUGCCUCCAGUAACUACAGACAACACAACAUUGAAAAUACCUUUGAGCAGUCAGGUGGCUCCGGAUGAGACAGAGACUAAAACAGAAACGGGAAACACUGAGAGCGGGUUCCCUACAGAGGCAGCGGUUGACUCAGAGCUGCUUGAAGAAGCUGAGAGUGUAACACUCAGUUUGACCGAGCCCCUCGGGGAAAUAGAAACAUCAGAUGAAGCCACUCUUGACUGUGCUCCGUGUGUUGAGGUCAUUGCUGACUGUGAUUGUGCAGUGCAGACAGUAGUGGAGGUAUCUGAAAAAGAAGUGAAUGAAAAGGAGAUCCAAACCCAGGUUGAGAUCGAUCUUCAUGAGGUGAAGAGUGUGGAGCCUACGAGUGUCCAAACGACUUGUCGAGGAGAAGAAGAACUCCAGUCUCCUGGAGAAGAAACUGCUGCUGACAGCACACCAACUGAUGCUGCUGCUGCUGCUCAUCAGGAGCCUGAGGUUGAAGGUGAAAUGUUAAUGGAAGUAACCAAGGCUUCAACGCCAGAAGAAGUCGAUACAGAAUCGGAAAAGAAACAGCAACAAAUCAGAGAAACUGAGCAGCAGAAUCAACAGAUAACUGACAGUGAAUCAGAGAAAACAGAACAAAUACCAGAACCAAGUUCAACAAUCCCAGAGGAGGACACUGGGACUUGUGCUCCGGGGAAUGUAGCUGAUGCAUUAAUUCUUCUUGUUCCCAAAGGACAAGCCAUAGAGAUGGACAUAGAUGUUGCUCAGUGGUCAGAGGUGAUCCAAGAAGACACGCUAGCUCUUCGUGAACCUGAUGGCACAAGUGAACUUCAGGAGCCCGAGCCUGAAAUUGAAGUAAAACCAGAAGUUGUGGUAAAGGAGGAAGAAGAACUUCCCAGAAAUGAUUUGGAUAGGGGGCAAUUACCUCCUGCACCCAUAGAGGAGGCUGGCAUGACUGGCUGGAAGACUGAGAAAGAUGUAGAAGAAGAGAAAGAUGUAGAAGAAGACAAAGAUGUAGAAGAAGAGAAAGAUGUAGAGGAAGACAAAGAUGUAGAAGAAGACAAAGAUGUAGAAGAAGAGAAAGAUGUAGAAGAAGAGAAAGAUGUAGAAGAAGACAAAGUUGUAGUAGAAGACAAAGUUGUAGAAGAAGAGAAAGAUGUAGAAGAAGAGAAAGAUGUAGAAAAAGACAAAGAUGUAGAAGAAGAGAAAGAUGUAGAAGAAGAGAAAGAUGUAUCUUCUCUCCUGAGGAGCUUUGCUGCCUGUGAAGAUUUAUCUGGGCUGCAAACAUACGACACACACGCCACACACGCAGACGAGGCAGCUGCAGAGCCGAAAGCAGAAAUGGUAGAUACACCGGAGACAAACAUUCUCAGAGAAGAUGCAGCUCGGGGUACUGAUCUGCACAGCCAGGAUGUAGGGCAAAAGAGGGAGCAGGACGAGGCAGCUAUAGAGGCUGCAGAGGAGGUUGUUGAUGAGCUCAGCUAUGAAAUAAUAUCCAUGCAGGAUGCAAAAGAUGCAGAAGAGUCUGAAACAAGAAAUAAUGUAGAGGAAACUGCUCAGAAGCAAGAAGAGACGAUGGAUAUAGAAGUAGAGAAGGAUCAGGAGGCAGAUGUUUUCACAGAAGAACAUAUUGAAGCAGAUUAUGAAAUCAUCGAUGCAGAGGAGGAACGGCAGGCCCGGCUGGCUGCUGAGCUGCAGGGCAUGGACUGGUUCUGUGUCACCUGCGCGUGUCUGCUGUCGGAGGAUGGAUUCAUGUCCGGAGACCAUCAGGGCCACCAGGUGGACUCUGUGGACAAGGCCUAUGAGGAACUCCAGGAUUCCCUGGGUGGCUGGAUCUCAGAGCUUCAGGGAAGAUCAGAGAACAUUGAAGACUUGGUGUCUGAGCUGGAGCUGGCCUACAACUCUGUAGAGGACCAGUUCAUGGAGAGCGAGGCUGCCAUGCAGGCACAGAACGAGGAGAUGAUGGCUCUGGUCAUGGAGCAGUACAACGGUAUGUCUGUCAACAUGGAGGAGGAGAAGAAGGCCAAGCUGGAGCAGCUCUACGACAAGAUUGUCUCCUUCCAGGAGAACAUUGAUUCAGCCAAGAGCUCUCUGGAGACCACAGCUAGAGAGGCUGAGACGGAUGCCCGAUCACCUGAAGACAUUCAUGCAAGACUCAAAGCGGCUCUGGACUCGGUUUUGUCACUGGACCUGGGCUCCAAGGGACUGCUGGUGUUUGAAGACUAUGCCAAGCCCAGCGUUUCCACCUCCAACCUCACGCAGCGCAAAGGAAUCCCAGUGCCCGCGAGGCCCACGCUGCAGCGCCAGGAAUCAGGCUCAGCCACCAGCACCAGCGUCACCGUUUACUGGAAAAUCAACCCUGGAGAUGUCAUAGAUUGCUUUCAGGUCUACUGCAUGGAAGAUCCACAAGGAGCUGUAUCAGAGGAGUAUCGCGUGACAGUGAAGGAGAGUUACUGUGUCCUGGAGGAACUGGAACCCGACACGAUGUACAAGGUGUGGGUGAUGGCUGUCAACUACACGGGCUGCUCUCUGCCCAGCGAGAGACUUGACUUCAGAACCGCUCCAUCAGUGCCCGUGAUCGACACAGAGCUCUGCACCGUCAUGUGGGAUUCAGCCACACUGAGGUGGAGCUCGGCAAAGCAGACUCCAGGACAGAGCUACACUUUGGAGUACUGCCGUCAGUAUGAACUGGAGGGAGAAGGGCUGAGAUCGGUCUCAGGAAUCAAAGUGUGCGAACAGAGAGUUCUGCUGCAGCCCAAAGAGAAUUACCUGUUCUACAUCAAAGCUGUGAAUGAGGCGGGGGCCAGCGACCAAAGCGAGGCUGCACUCAUUUCUACCAAAGGUACGAGGUUCCACCUGUUGGAAUCCUCCGCUCACCCUGCUCUGGAGCUGUCAGACGACCGGACCACCCUGCACUAUUCCCAGGAUGCUCACGACACUGCACUCAUGGACGAAGUGUGUCCAUCCAUCCUAGGGGACAUGUUGCCACCACAAGGGUUGUACUACUGGGAGACCAUUGUGACUGGAAGUAAAGCUUACAGGCUUGGAGUGGAAUCCAGCACAACCAAUAGGAGCAGCUCACUUGGGGAAAACAGCUCAUCAUGGUGUUUGCAGUGUGCUCCUACACCGUCUGGCUGCAGGUAUCAGUUACUCCACUGUGACGUUCAGUCUUCUGUGCUUGUGAAUGAGGAACCUGAGCGAGUGGGCGUCCUCCUGGAUUACCAUCUGGGCUGUCUGUCUUUCUACAACGCCGACACUGGUCAGUGUUUGGGCUCGUUCAGACGGCGCUUCACCGAGCCCUGCCACCCGGCCCUGGCCCUGGAGCAGCCGGGCAGCCUGCAGCUCUGCACGGUGCUGGAGCUGCCCGGGUUCACCAAGGACAGCUAGCUCUGCCACACAGUUGAGAUCAAAAUGACUAGUCCCCUUUAUGAAAUCAACCAAAGACGAUAACCGACCACGAAUACUUUAAUGUGACACAAUGUGAGGAAUGGAGAACUUGAAGGCUGCUGUGAUGAAGAGUCCCUCGUAACUGUCUGCCUUUACAGAUAUACAGAGUUUUUUGUUUGACGUGUCUCAAUUAUUUUCUUCUUGCAGUUCCAGACACAUCCAGGUUUGUAUUUAACAGAUCUUGUCUCCCUGUAGUUUGCAGUGAUGCAACAUACAGCUGAUGGAGACACACUGAAACAGUAGAAAACAGCAGCACCUGCAGAUGAGCAUCAGCCAUCUUCUGUCUAGGUCCCAGGCUGAUUUCUGCACCGUUUGGGAUGGUGAUAUCACAUCUUAGCACCUAAAUUUUCAUUACAUUUUGUAUAAAUAAAACUUAUAUUAAAUGUGAGACUUAAUUUUUUUUUUUUACAUUUAAAAGGGAACCAAAUAAGGGCCUUAACAUUGAAUAAUUUAAAUUUUUGAAAAAAUUGCAAUCAUUGGUCAAUAGUUGAAGGAAAUGGUCCUUAGUUUCCGGGGGGGCUAAUAAUUUUGACCUUAACUGCACCUUACUUACCAUAAAGUUUACAGAUUACAUUGAAUGUUGCUUUGAUUGAUUGAUUUUUUGUAAUGAUUGUAAAGACCACUAUUUUAAAACAUAGCAGAAGGCAUAUUUAGGUUAUAUUUGUUAUUGACUUUAUACGUUUAUGUGUUUUUAGGAAGAGAAACUUGAUCAGAGCUCAAUUUUAAAGCAAUCUCAUAUUUAACAUAAAAUUACGUCAUUAUGUUAUUUUGGUUUAGAAACUAGAAAGAAAUUGUAAAUAUCUAAAUUAGAGUAUGUGAAGACAGGGUGUGCCUUCUUGUGUUUUCUUCAUCAAGGGAGAAUUGACUGAUUUUGUUACUAAUAUUUUGUAAUUUUUGACAAUAAGGUAUGUUGAUGUGAGUUUUCUACUGUUCCAUAAAUGUUGUACUGUUUACUCAUUUCCAACUGUGAAAAAGGAGUCAAACAGUCCUUAUAUAAUCCCUCAGUCCGUGAGUACUAGUAAAAGUCUCUUUUCAACCCAAAGUUUAGACAGUGAGCUCAUAUCUCCAAACACACUGCAGCACCGUUCAAACUGUUUCCUAAUAUAAAUAGGCCUGUUUUUUGUGUACAUGCCCAUUUUAAACAGAUGGGGUCUUCUUGCUGUUUUGUUAUGUGCUAUUGGAGGUGUGUGUUCCUUUGUCUUUUGAAAAGGUUUUCCCAACUAAGAUGAAAGAAUAAAACAAUUUUUCUAUUUGCAGAAAUUAGACUGUUUGUUUAGACCAGAUCGAUGUGUAACAUAUAUUCACCACUAGAGGGCCUCGGCGCUCCAUCAGCUGCAGAUCUGCCUGGAAGAAUCCUCUCCAAAGUACACGUGAUUGAAAUCACUUAUACGCAGUUUCACAUUUGAACGACCUUAUCUUCACUCUAAAUCAGUCUCCCUCCAAAAGAAACUACAUUAAAAUGGAUUUUCACAUUUCCAGAGUUUUUAUUUUUAUGGAAGCUCUUGAUAGUUUAAUAUGAAAACAAAUGUCUUUAAUAUAAUAUAAUGUACAUUGUAUUCAU